AUGUGGUAUGAUAUAGUGUAUUACUCAUCACUUCUCGUUUGCAUAUCGCUUGGGAGAAAUUACAGAAAAAUUUCAGAUAUCGAAAUGAAGAGGAAUUAUGGGGCGGGCUUGGGAUUUUUGGUUUGUUGCUUGCUGUGUGGACGAUACCUAUAUCACGCUAUUAUCAUGGUAUGGGGGAAUAUUGUGAUUAUAAAAUGCUGUGAGAGAAGAUACGUUCAUCAAAUGAGUCUGGGCUUCACUUGGCUGGAUCUUCUAUACAUACAUUGUAACGUAGAUGAUGCUGUCUAUGCUAUAUGGGUACAUCAAACUAUAGCUUUGCGCUUAGUCGGCCUAGCUUUCGAACUGAACUCCGCCGACAUGACGAAAUUAGAGCAAAAACCUGGGCCGUCUUCAGUCAAAAUAAACAUCGCAGACGUUGAUAGCAUUCAUGUGGAACCGUAUGCUGUUGAUAUUAUAGCGUAUGCCUUCUUCUUCGUUGGCCUCCAUAAAGAUAGUUAUUAUCGUUGGGCGGUAUUCAAUGAUCAUUUUAGGAACUCGCUCAGUUCUAUCGGUGACUGCAGGACCCUAACCGAACAAAAGCUGAAGAAGGCAUUUUUGAGUUGCAUUGCCUAUUUUUUGCUGCGAAUGAAAUAUUCUCCUACGGUUUAUAACAAUGAAAAGUUUUACGAAGACUACGCUGUUGACAUCCGUUACUUGUACAAUAUACCGCAGCUGUUGAUGUACUAUUUACAAUGUCAGAUAAUCAACUUGCUUUGCACGAGCGUAGCCGUAGAGUCGGGCUUCGGUUUAUAUCCGGCUAAAUGUCAACCGAUACCAGGAUACGGACCUUCUACAAAUUUGAAUUUGAUGAAGUCGGCAUACGGGAACGAAGUUUUCUCUGAUUCGCCGGACGCUUUAAUCCACUACGAGUUUAGUUUUGGAAUGUUAAAAUGUUACGAUAACGAGAAGUUGAUAUUUGGACCGAAAAUGAAAAAUACAAUUAGUAGUUGGGACAUGCCAACACGCUAUUGGUUUUUCACGAAUAUUUACAAAAGAUUCAGUAAAUCUAAUACUGAAGUCAGGAGUGCUUCUUCCUUUUUGGUGUGGACGAUCUGGAAUGGACCUUUCCUUUCGCAAAUCAUAAUUUCAACCACACUCUGGGUUUAUAUGCAGCUCGAAUCAGAAUACAGCGAACUUUAUAAUACUAGUGGCGCCAUGAAACUUCCCUGGGACAUUGGAUUUUCAAUAAUGCGCGUAUUCUGCCUAAUUUAUCUUACUCCUUGCUUUAUACUUAACGAUUCGGCUACGUUAUUAAAGUACUACGGGUCCAUAUUUUGGGUGUACCACGUUAUUUUGGUGGUUUUGACAGUAGGUGCUGUUGUAAUGCAUAAAACUAGAACUAAUCAAAUAGUUCAUACAUCAACGUUAUAA